AUGAUUGGUUACUAUUCCAAACAGAUAUCUCGUGUUUAUAGUCCUUUAUUAAACGAUGGUUCACAACGGUCGGCAUCCAUGCCAAUCGUACCGCUUACUCAGGAUGGCUUACUUAUUCCAUUUGAGGCAUCUGAUCCGUGGAAAGGUAUGACACGUGGUGCACUUCCUCGAACAAAUCGUUACCCAUCAAAUCUAAAAAGUUUUAAUGAUAUUCAACAACAGAUACAACAACGUGCUCAGCUAUUAGCUGGUUUUCAAAAACUACGUGCGGAUCAAGUAGCAUCGGCUGCCCUACAUUCACGAAAUGCACCAGCUCGAUCAGUACCUACAUUUUCCUCAAGUUUACCACGACCAACAUCUUCAUAUUCAUCAGGUUUAUCGCGACCACUUCCUACAUUUUCAUCAAGUAUGCCGUUACCACCAUCAAUAAACAGGUCACAACCUCCAUACACAAGUGGAAAUGUUAUUUCAUCUAGUAGUAGUUCAAGCAGAUCGUCGGCUUCAUCUACAAGACCAAUGUCAUCAAAUCGCCCACCUACAUUAGGUGGCCCCUAUGGACAACCAUCCUUCGGUGGCUCACGUGGUCAGUACAUGUUAUCAGGGCCAUCAGCUGCCUAUCAGUCGCUUCAACCCUGA